AGUGAAUUCAAAGAGUAUAAUCAUCAACAACAAACAAACGAUGGCUAACGCAAAAGACGUGAAAGACUUCAAAGAAACUUUUCAGAGAUUUGAUCAAUAUGUAAACGGAGAGAUUCCAUGGAGGGAAUUUGACAUGACUGGCGUACGCAAACGUUCUACUCCAAUGACCAAGUCUGAAAUCGACACAAUAUUUGUAGAGCUUGGAACUCGUGGUGAAGAUAGAGUCUUUAGAGAUUCCAAGUUUUCCGGUAAUCCUCUUCAAGCUUCUGUCUCUCUUAAACAUAAGCCUAAAGAUGUGAUUAAUGUGGUGCAAAAAGAGUCUUGUCUAUAUAAUUCUGACAAUGAUGAAAAGAAAACAGAGAAUCAACUUCAAAUUCCAAAGAAGGUCUCUCGAAAGUAUAGUGAACGAUGA